CUUCUUCUGCAACUCUCUUUCUUAAUUGGCGAGGACACAGAGCUUCUACGAUGUCUGGAGCUCUCAGAAGCAGACAGGUUCGUAGCAUAGUUAACCGCUUGCUCAUAUUUUCCACGCCGGUUCACUCGCGGUUAAUCUCAACCUUAGCUUUCGAUGAAGUCCGGUCAUCGCCGGACCGGCCCUACACUUUCACAGCUUUAAUUCUUCACGGCCUCUUAGGCUCCGGCCGCAACUGGCGUUCCUUCUCUCGCUCCCUCGCCUCCUCUCUACCUUCUGAAUGGAGGAUGAUUCUGGUGGACCUAAGGAACCACGGGAGGUCAGCAGAGAUUGGAGGCUUCGAGCCGCCGCACACCAUGGAAAAUGCUGCGAAUGAUGUGGCCAAUUUGGUCAAAUCACAAGGCUGGAAUUGGCCUGAUGUGGUUAUCGGCCACUCCAUGGGAGGCAAGGUGACGUUACAGUUCGCUCAGAGCUGUUCUCGUGGCGAUUAUGGACAAUCAGCUCAAUUGCCUAAGCAGCUAUGGAUUUUGGACUCGGUCCCUGGAAAAGUGGGCCAAGAAAACAGUGAUGGAGAAGUGGAGAAAGUUUUGCAAACCUUGCAGAGCUUACCUUCAUCUAUACCAUCAAGAAAAUGGCUGGUGGAUUACUUGCUGAAGCUUGGGUUUUCAAAGGCGUUGUCAGAAUGGUUAGGCAGCAACCUCAAGAAAUCGGGAGAUGAAAUGACAUGGACCUUCAAUAUAGAUGCUGCUGUCCAAAUGUUUCAGUCUUAUAGGGAGACUGAUUAUUGGCCUUUAUUGGAGCAUCCACCCAAAGGUACAGAGAUAUCUAUUGUUCGUGCAGAGAAAAGUGACAGGUGGGAACCAGAGGUGAUUGAACGGCUUGAAAGCCUUGGCAGCAGAAAAAGCAAUGAAGCUGAAGGCAAGUUCUCUUAUCAUAUUCUUCCCAACUCUGGCCAUUGGGUUCAUGUUGAGAAUCCAAAGGGGCUCCUUCAGAUUGUAGCUCCAAAGUUGUCCUCCCUGGUUUAGCCACAUCUCUUCUGCUCUCAAUCCUUCAUUUUUCGUGUUCCUAAUCCAUCCUUUCCUUGAAAAAUAAAGGAAUAUUUCGAUUCUUUUCUCAAUUGCUGACUGUCCUCUUCUGAUAAAUAUAUAUUUGUGGCUGCGAGCUCUACGCUUGCAGCAAUAAGUACACGUUGGAGGUGCAACUAAACCUUUAUGAUUCUUUUCUGGUAUAUUAGAAAAGAAACGUUUGUGAUUUCAGUGGAUUUAUAUGAAGUUAUUUGUAUACGAAUCACAAAAUCAUAAUGGUGAUUAACAUUUACACUACAAUUUGCAUCAUCCAAUGUAUUUUGUGAUGCAUGCUAUUCAUAUUCUUACUAGUAAGUAA